AUGGUGGCUGUGCACCCAGCCUCGGAAGGAGCCAAAGCAGCUGUGCGAGAGCUUCUGAGCCUGCAGCUUGAGGCCUUCUCCUCUGCUGCCAGGAGAACGGACUCCUGCGCCGUCACGGCCGACCAGAUCGAGCACCUGCACCGGCGCUUCAAGCAGCUGAGCAGCGAGAAGCCAACCCUCCGCAAGGAGCACUUCGACAGCAUCCCCGACCUGGAGUUCAACCCCAUCCGCUGCAAGAUUGUCCAGGCCUUCUUCGACAGGCGGAACCUGCGGCAGGAAGAGGACGGGCUGGCGGAUGAGAUCAACUUCGAGGACUUCCUCACCAUCAUGUCCUACUUCAGACCCAUUGAGCCCAACAUGGACGAGGAGCAGCUCGAGCGUCUCCGCACCGACAAGCUCAAAUUUCUCUUCCACAUGUACGACUCAGACCGUGACGGCAUCAUCACGCUGGAGGAGUAUCGAAAUGUGGUCGAGGAGCUGCUGUCAGGGAACCCGCACCUGGAGAAGGGGGCGGCCAGGUCCAUCGCGGAUGGGGCCAUGUUGGAGGCCGCCCAAACCUGCGCCGGACCAAUGGACGCGGACCAGGUGUACGAGGGCAUCACCUUCGACGACUUCCUGAAGAUUUGGAGGGGCAUCGACAUCGAGACCAAGAUGCACGUUCGCUUCCUCAACAUGGAGCCCAUGGCCCACUGCUGCUGA